UCGCGCGAAGUGGCUUGGAAGUGGGCAGCCUGGAAGUCACUCGGGCCACGGGAGCUGGCGGUGCCUCCAGCGAGCGGCGCGGGGCCGGACGCUGCGGUCGUGGGGCCCCCGGAACGUGCAGCCGCGACUCCCAGUUUUUGUUGACGAUCGCCGGCUCUCCUAGGACCAGAAGAAGCUCUAGUGGCCAGCACAAACUAAGGCAUGGCAGGGGAGACACCCCUUCCACCGAACAGCUCUCACCUGCACCUGCUAUCAAUUCUGCCCUACUGAUGCACUCAGUCUGGAGCCCCCGGGACCCCCCUGCCACCUAAGGUUGUCUUGGCUCUGUUGUCCACAGCGAUGGUGGAGAACUGGACUCCACAGGCACACAACCUUAACGUCAGGCUUCAGGGUCCAGCAUCCUUCAUCCUGGGACUGGUGGUCCUGAACAAUGGCUGAGGGCCAGGGGCCCCCCUAAAGUUACUCCACAGCUUCCUGGGGGCCAGUCACACUCCAGCGCCCGUGGACUAUGACCACCUACCGGCCCAUCCCCAACGAUGGUGUGGAGCUGGCAGCCAGCUGUGGGGCUCGGGGUGCUGACAUCCUCCCUGGGCCACACACGGGGGACUACACUCCAGUGGGCUUCUGGGUUCAAAAUGGCAGCAUGGCCCAGCCUGUUAGUGAAAGCCCAGCUACCGCCACCAGCACCACCCGCCCCAGUCCCACCACCCCUGCAGUGCCUAAGAUGGGCGUUCGCGCUAGAGUGGCUGACUGGCCACCCAAAAGGGAGGCCCUGAGAGAGCAGAGCAACCCCAGCCCCUCACUGGACGCUGACGCCACCAAGGCCACCAAGGUGGCCCAUGCCAUGAGGAGCCUGCAGAAUGGACAGCCUUCCACCACCUGCAUGCCCACCCCCUCGGGAUCCAGGGCCUUCCACCGGCUGUCCAGGAGGAGGUCCAAAGAUGUGGAAUUUCAGGACGGGUGGCCCCGCUCCCCAGGCAGGGCCUUCCUCCCACUGCGCCACCGCAGCAGCAGCGAGAUCACCCUGAGCGAGUGCGACGCAGAGGAGGCAGGGGAGGUGCGGAGCACACGGUACCCGGGGGCGCUGCCCCUCUUCCGUGAGUAUGGCAGCACGUCCUCCAUCGACGUGCAGGGUGUGCCCGAGCAGAGCUUCUUCGACAUCCUCAAUGAGUUCCGCAGCGAGCAGCCCGAGGCCCGGGGCUGCCAGAGCCUCAACGAACUCCUGCAGGUCGACCCCAGCCUGCCUCUUCCGGGAGGCAGCGGGGUCAAGGGUGAACUGCGAAAUGGGCCACCGGCCAAGGACAGCCUCCUGCCGCUGCAGCCUGCCAAGGAAAAGGAGAAGGUCCGCAAGAAGCCCGUGCGAGGCCUGGGCACCGGGGACACGGUGGACUCAUCCAUCUUCCGCAAGCUGAGGAACAGCAAGCCUGAGGGUGACACGGGACGGACCCCGGGGGAGGCAGAGGAAAGCCGCAGCCCCCCGGAAGCCAGCCGGCCCUGGGUCUGCCAGAAGAGCUUCGCCCACUUCGACGUGCAGAGCAUGCUGUUCGACCUCAACGAGGCGGCGGCCAACCGGGCAUCCACAGCGCAGCGGCGGAACACCACCACCGGGGCCUCGGCCGCCUCGGCCAUGGCCUCACUGAACACGUCGAGGGCCCACAGCUUGGGGGGCCUGGACCCGGCCUUCACCAGCACGGAGGACUUGAACUGCAAGGAGAACCUGGAGCAGGAUCUGGGCGAUGACACCAGCAACGAGCUGCUGCUCAGCUGCCCGCACUUCCGCAACGAGAUCGGGGGCGAGUGCGAGCGCAACGUGAGCUUCUCCCGGGCCUCGGCAGGCUCCCCCGGCAGGACCCCAGAGGGCCGCCCGCCUGAGCCCACCCUAAGCGCCUACCGCACCAAUGCCAGCAUCUCGGUGCUGGAGGUGCCCAAGGAGCAGCAGCGCACACAGAGCCGCCCUCGGCAGUACAACAUUGAGCACGUGGACCUGGGUGCCCGCUACUACCAGGACUACUUCGUGGGCAAAGAGCAUGCCAACUAUUUUGGUGUGGAUGAGAAGCUGGGGCCAGUGGCCGUGAGCAUCAAGCGGGAGAAACUGGAGGACCACAAGGACCACGGGCCUCAGUACCAGUACAGGAUCAUCUUCCGGACCCGUGAGCUCAUCACCCUGAGGGGCUCCAUUUUAGAGGAUGCCACACCCACAGCUACCAAGCACGGGACCGGCCGUGGGCUCCCCCUGAAGGACGCCCUGGAGUAUGUCAUCCCUGAGCUCAACAUCCACUGCCUGCGCCUGGCCCUCAGCACCCCCAAGGUGACGGAGCAGCUGCUGAAACUCGAUGAGCAAGGGCUCUGCCGGAAGCACAAGGUGGGCAUCCUCUACUGCAAGGCGGGCCAGAGCUCUGAGGAGGAGAUGUACAACAAUGAGGAGGCGGGCCCUGCCUUUGAGGAGUUCCUCUCCCUCAUCGGUGAGAAGGUCUGCCUGAAGGGCUUCACCAAGUACGCUGCCCAGCUGGAUGUCAAGACCGACUCCACGGGAACCCACUCUCUCUACACAACGUACCAGGACUACGAGAUCAUGUUCCAUGUCUCCACACUGCUCCCUUACACCCCCAACAACCGGCAGCAGCUGCUAAGGAAGAGGCACAUAGGGAACGACAUUGUGACGAUCAUCUUCCAGGAGCCAGGGGCACUGCCUUUCACCCCCAAGAACAUCCGCUCACACUUCCAGCAUGUCUUCAUCAUCGUCCGAGCCCACAACCCCUGCACCGACAACGUCUGCUACAGCAUGGCUGUGACCCGAUCCAAAGAUGCGCCUCCUUUCGGCCCCCCCAUCCCCAGUGGGACCACUUUCCAUAAAUCUGACGUCUUUAGAGACUUCUUGUUGGCCAAGGUGAUAAACGCCGAGAACGCCGCUCACAAGUCCGACAAGUUCCACACCAUGGCCACCAGGACACGCCAGGAAUACCUCAAGGACCUGGCCGAGAACUGUGUCUCCAACACUCCCAUUGACUCCACAGGCAAGUUCAACCUCAUCUCACUGACCUCCAAGAAGAAGGAAAAGACCAAAGCACGGGCGGGCGCCGAGCAGCACAGCGCAGGGGCCAUCGCCUGGAGGGUGGCAGCUCAGGACUACGCGCAGGGUGCUGAGAUCGACUGCAUCCUGGGCAUCUCCAAUGAGUUUGUGGUGCUCCUGGACCUGCGCACCAAGGAGGUGGUGUUCAACUGCUACUGUGGGGAUGUCAUUGGCUGGACCCCGGACGCCACCACACUCAAGAUCUUCUACGGGCGAGGGGACCACAUCCUCCUGCAGGCUGCAGAGAGUUCUGUGGAGGACAUCCGGGAGAUUGUCCAGCGGCUAAAGGUGAUGACCAAUGGCUGGGAAACAGUGGAUAUGACACUGCGGCGGAACGGGCUGGGGCAGCUGGGUUUCCACGUCAAGUACGAUGGGACGGUGGCUGAGGUGGAAGACUACGGCUUUGCCUGGCAGGCUGGCCUCCGGCAAGGUAGCCGACUAGUGGAGAUCUGCAAGGUGGCUGUGGUCACCCUGACCCACGACCAGAUGAUCGACCUGCUGCGCACCUCCGUCACUGUCAAGGUGGUCAUCAUCCCGCCCUUUGAGGACGGCACGCCCCGGAGGGGCUGGCCGGAGACCUAUGACAUGAAUACCUCGGAGCCCAAGACCGAGCCAGAGAGCAUGGCACCUGGGGGCCGGCCCCCCUACCGCAGCAAUGCCCCCUGGCAGUGGAGUGGGCCAGCAUCCCACAACUCUCUGCCAACCUCCAAGUGGGCUGCACCCCCCACCCCUGGCCAUGCCCAAUCCCUGAGCCGGCCCCCAAAACAGAGCCCCAUGGUCCCCUUCCGGGAGUCCCAGCCCCUGCACAGCAAGAGGCCUGUCAGCUUCCCAGAAACCCCUUACACAACAUCACCAGCAGGGGCCGACAAAGUCCCUCCCUACCGACAGCCUUCUGGGAGCUUCUCCACCCCUGGCUCAACCACCUACGCCAGAUACAAGCCUUCCCCUGAAAGGUAUGCAACUGCCCCGCACCCACUGCUGUCUUUUGACCCCCACUUCGGCCACGAUGGGACAUCCAGCGGCGACUCCUCCUCAGGCGGCCUGACCAGUCAGGAGAGCACCAUGGAGCGCCAGAAGCCAGAACCGUUGUGGCAUGUACCUGCCCAGGCCCGGCUCUCGGCCAUGGCUGGAAGCAGCGGGAACAAGCACACCUCCAGGCAGGACAUGGCAGGCAAAGAUUCCCCCAACAGGCAUUCCAAAGGAGAACCUCAGUACUCCAGUCAUUCCAGCAGCAAUACCCUCUCCAGCAAUGCCUCCAGCAGUCACAGUGAUGACCGUUGGUUCGACCCCUUGGACCCUCUAGAGCCAGAGCAAGACCCCCUCUCCAAGGGCGGCUCCAGUGACAGCGGCAUUGACACCACCCUCUACACCUCCAGCCCCAACUGCAUGUCCCUGGCCAAGGUGCCCAGGCCCGCCAAGCCACACAAGCCGCCCGGGACCAUUGGCCUUUGUGGGGGUGGCCGAGAAACCACUGGGAGACCCCACCACACAGACAGGCGGCGGGAGAUCUCCCCUGCUCCAGUGGCCAGUGGUCAGAGCAAGGGCUACCGACCGAAGCUCUACUCCGGCUCCAGUACCCCAACCGGCCUGGCCGGGGGCAGCCGAGACCCACCAAGGCAGCCCAGUGACAUGAGCUCAAGGACUGGCUACCCCGCUCAGGUUUACAAAACUGCCAGCACAGAGACCCCUCGGCCCUCACAGCUGGCCCAACCCAGUCCCUUCCAGCUGUCCACCUCCGUCCCCAAGUCCUUCUUCUCCAAGCAACCCGUGCGCAAUAAGCACCCAACGGGGUGGAAGAGGACGGACGAGCCCCCACCACGGCCUCUCCCCUUCACUGACCCAAAAAAGCAGGUGGACACCAACACAAAGAACGUCUUUGGGCAGCCGCGGCUGAGGGCUUCCCUCCGAGACCUGCGCUCUCCACGGAAGAACUACAAGUCCACCAUUGAGGACGACCUGAAGAAGCUCAUCAUCAUGGACAACCUGGCACCAGAGCAGGAGCGGGACAUGGGUUCCCCACAGAAGAGCCUACAGCGGACGCUGUCGGACGAAAGCCUGUGCAGUGGGCGCCGGGAGCCCAGCUUUGCCAACCCCGCCAGCCUGGAGCCGGGCCUGCCCAGCGAUGUGCUCUUCACCAGCACCUGCGCCUUCCCCUCCAGCACGCUGCCCGCCCGCCGCCAGCACCCCCACGCCCAUCCACCUGGCCCCAGCACCAUCCCUGCCACCGGCAACGGCUUCCCAGAAAAGAAAUCUGCCAUCUCCACCUCGGAGCUCUCACUGGCUGACGGGAGGGAACGGCCACUGCGGCGCCUGGACCCUGGGAUGAUGCCCCUGCCUGACACAGCCACUGGCCUCGAGUGGUCCAGUCUGGUGAACGCGGCCAAGGCGUACGAAGUGCAAAGAGCUGUCUCGCUCUUCUCUCUCAAUGACCCAGCUCUGAGUCCGGACAUCCCACCUGCACACAGCCCUGUCCACAGCCACCUAAGCCUGGAGAGGGGGCCCCAAACGCCCAGGACAACCCCGACCAUGAGUGAGGAGCCCCCCCUAGAUCUGACGGGCAAGGUGUACCAGCUAGAGGUGAUGCUGAAACAGCUGCACACAGACCUGCAGAAGGAGAAGCAGGACAAGGCGGUGCUGCAGUCGGAGGUGGCCAGCCUGCGGCAGAACAACCAGCGGCUUCAGGAGGAGUCACAGGCCGCCAGCGAGCAGCUGCGCAAGUUUGCUGAGAUCUUCUGCAGGGACAAAAAGGAACUCUGAGGUGGUCAAGGCACCCACCGUCCCCCUGCCCCGGGCAGCCAGGCUGAGGGGCUCCAGCUCUUCUCUCUCCCUCAACUAGGCUUCCUGCUGCCAGGGUGACCAAGAUGAUCCAGCCAGGGCCCCACUGCCCUCCCCAUGAACACGCAGCCCCCCAGGUGGUGGUGGAGCCAGAGGGCUGCCGUCUCACUGUCCUCAAGCUCAGGCCUCCCUUGGUGGUGUUACCUGUAGUCCCUAGGGGCCAUCCUCUGCCCACAUGGCCCUCAGGGCAGCCGCCUGCCCGCCCCACCCAGCCUCUUCCUAGGACCAAGCCAUCAGAAGCCGGAGGAAGAACAAAGGGCAGGCUACCCACAAUCCACAGCUCUAGGAGUUCACAGACCAGGUUUCCUCGCCACAUUCAGUGACGGCAUUUGGGCUUGUGGGCCAGCCCCCACCCCCCCCCCCGCCCCCUGCAUGAAAAAGCAGUGUGAAGUCAGGCCCUCCUUCCCAUACACAGCCCCACCCAGAAAGGAGAGGGCCUGUGUGGAAAUGGGACCAGGCACUCAGUGCCGGUGCACUGUGAGCCAGCUCCAGAAAGCAAAGCAUGGGAUAGUCUCCCCUCCCCAACCCUAGCCUCCAAAAAAAAAAAAAGAAAAAAGAAAACCAGGAGCACUUUGUUAGAGUUUCACUUAUUUUCCUGGGCGUCCCAGGAUGGAGAGUCCAGCAUCAGAGUCAACUUCCGUGAGGGGGAAGCCUUUUGCACAUUCGGGACCAUGGAUACAGCCUUUUGCGAUCGGUCCCUUGACCAUCAGAGGCCACAGCUCCUGCCCCAGGCAGCCCAGUCCACUCUGCCGCCUUGUCUCUUCCUCAGCUCUGCCAGCCUGGACCACGCACCCUGGUCUCUUCCAGGCCCCAGGAGGGGCUAGCAAGCCACAGCCUUCAUCUCCACAUCUAUUUUUGUCUUUCUUUUGCAAGUCUCUCACAGGCACCUCCAGCGGUUGCACCACUGUGGGACACCCUCCCUGUGAGCACUUUGCUGUGUCACACACACACACACACACACACACACACACACAAGACGCUGGUUCUCUCAAGGCAAUAAGGGGCAGCUUGCCAGGCAGCCAAGCCAGUGUGGUACUAUGCUGUUCACCCAGGAAACAAAGAGUUUCUUUUUUUUUUCCUUUAAAAACAAGCAAACAAAACAAAAUAUAUAUAUAUAUAUAUAUAUAUAUAUAUUUAUUUUUUCAUGUAGAGUUGCGCCAGAAUAAGUCUCGUAUGGCCACAGUCUGGAUUCCCUCAACCUCAAGCUGAGGAUCGAGGCACGUCCCCCGUGGACUGGGGCUCAGAGGGAUAGAGGGAUGGUGUCCAGCUGGGCAGGCUUCUCCCUCUGUGGGGGUACAAGCUGAGGGAGUUGGCACCGACCUCGCUCAGAGCAGCACACCGGUAGCACCCUUGUCCAGAGGCUCUACCACCUUCUCUUUGAGGCCAGAAACCUCAGGGAAGGGGGGGGCUCUGGGGACUGCACAGGACCACAGGCGCUCUGAGGGGUUCCAGUCUGGACAGAACACAAGGGCACUCAUCUCGCUGUCUUCAGCCAACCUCUAGCCCUGGUAGCCCUGGCCCUGUGUGAAGAAGCCCUCCCAUCUGCCACCUCUUGUCUCUCACCCCAAGUGUGAGAUUGGGCUGUAAGGUGGGGCUGCCCGGCCCUCAACCCUGGCCAACUACUGUGAUGUCUCCACCCCUCUUUGUGGAGGGUUCUCCAGGAUCCCCAUCCCCACCCUGCUCUCCUCAGACCCUAGCCUGGAGGCCACCCCUCUCCCCUUUAAGUUGUCUCCUCUCACCUUCAGAUCAUUCGAAUCAUUUUGGGGACCUAAUCAUGUACAUUGGCAAGUGUAAAUUAUGAUUUGUUUUCUGUUCUUUUUUUAAGUCUCUCUGCAAGAUAAAUCUAUUUAAUUUGAGGUUGGUGUUCUACCUUAUGACUGAAGAUAGCAGGGGUUUUUGUUGUUGUUGUUUUAAUGUUGAUUUCUUCCACUUGGAUUUGGAUUUCUUUUUUAAUCCUUUAUUGUCCUUUCUCUCCCCAUACCUGUCUUGAAAUUUUUCUGGCAUGUUUCUGGAAGUUUCAAAGGAAAUAAAUGUUUCAUAGAAAUGA